AUGUCUCCGCUAGAGAACCAGGAUCCAAACACAAGGCCUACGGAUGAUGCCGCUGCAAGCUUCUCCGAGGGUGAUACCAACGACGAUGCAGCCCGCUACAAGCGUCUUUAUCUGAACGAGAAACGGCGUAAUGAUCAAGCAAAGUCUAAAAAUGCGACGAUGACCCUCCAGCGAUGCGGGCGAAUCAUUCCCAAGAUGGUCUCGCUCUUCGCCAACAUGGCAGACAUCAACUAUCAGGCAGAACAGCAUCAGCUCUACGUGGCCGGAAAGCUUGAUGCUGAUGACCUGGAGGCCAACGACGAGGCCGAACUUGAACACAUAAAGAAACAAAACGCGAGGAGUAAUGCCACCUUCCUCCAACUUGUCUAUUUUGUCCCGAACUUGGAGAAGGAACUCGAGGAUGGGGAUAUAGAUAGGGCUGAGGAGAUAUUCUCUCAGCUGCAGACGGGAAGUCUCGCUGCUCGAAGCGAUGACAUCAGCAAAAUGCGCAUCGCUGUUGCAGAGUGGCUCAACAAGGCAUACCCUCAAGAGAGGGCCCUUGACCCCCGCACGCGAGAAGGCCGCAGGAUCGAGCACAACGUGACAGGAUGGUUGCUUUGUCCCAUCAAGUAUGACUGGAAGGAUGAAAGUGUUCGUCGUAAACUUCGAGCUCAAGAAGAAGGUUUCAAUUUUACCGCCAAUUUCUGCAUCUACGCUCUGUACAAGAAACACCGGGGAACCAUGACGACGCCUGACAAAGGGUUCCUCAAGAGCGCACUUCUGGUCAAGGUCAUCAAGCAGUUUGUCACCUCGCCUGAGUCAGCCCAAGCUCUUGAUCUCGAGGCUCUCGACAGCGACUCUACUGAUGAUGAGAAUGUGCAACCCACUUUGAAAAUGCGUCGGACUGAGGGUGGGAGGAAGAAGAAAACGAACAACAAGUCUGUAUCAGGGAUACAUAAUGUGUCGAAGGUGACACCACGCUUAAUUGCAUAUUCAGCAACCAUGCUCCUCCUUUCAUUGUCAUCGGCACCUGAGUGGCGUGUCAAACAUGCGGGCCUGAAUUUUGAACGUUUCUACUAUUGCAUCGUUGACUUCUUUGAGGCCCCUCCAAAUGAAGUGAAGAAGAAGCAGAGACACGAACUCCUCAAGUGGUGGAAUCAACAGAUUUUCCCCCUUUCAUUCACUGCGGAAUCCUCCAACGCCGCUGAUGACACCAUGGCUCUUCUCAACGGUUAA